CUUUUAUCAUUGCACUUCACUAUUACACGUCAUUUUUAUUUGCUAACAAUGUCAAAACGAAUAUGACAUUUCGUUUCAUUGUAGUGAUUUGGCUAGGAGAGUGAAGUUUUGUGGAAUGAUGUGACGGUGAUAAAACUUAGAGUAAUAUUUAAUUUAAAUCAGUCAAUUUAAGAGUACCAUUGAGAUUACAAUGUGAUAUGUGCUAUAUAAAAUAAUGUUAAGUUAAUAUAAAUCGUGGUCAGUGGAAUACGUUUUUCUUAAUCUAAUAAUAGUUUAAAAGUGUACAUUGUUUGAAUUUCUAGUGUUAUGAAAAAUUUAUGUUAAAAGUGGCGGGUGCAAACAUGGGGCAGAGUCCGAGCUCUGUUCGCAGUAAGAGCAGCCGGAGAUCCUUCCGUAAUUUUAUAAGACGUUCUAAACUAAACAAGUCCAGUUUGAGCCAUACAUUCAGCUUGCCGCCUUCGGAGGAAUACCCUGAGCUGAUGAAUGUGAACACGGCGACUGAAGAGCAACUCAUGACCCUGCCUGGAGUAUCCAGGCAGGUUGCGCGGGAAAUUGUUCGUCAUCGUCAAAUGAUAGGAAGAUUCAAACGAGUUGACGACCUUGCUUUAGUCUCAGGCAUUGGUGCUGAAAAGUUAGAAUUACUAAGACCAGAGAUAUGUACAAAUACACGACGACAGAUAUCUAGAGCUAGUUCUUGUACAUAUUCAUUAGAUAGCAUAAGGUCCUCUUCAGAAAAUAAGUUAUGUUCAAUUAAUUCAUCCAGUGUUUUCCAAUUGCAAUGUGUGCCCGGCUUAAACCAAGAAAUAGCAGCAAAUAUCGUAGAUUACAGAACAAAGAAGGGUCCAUUUAAAUCACUAGAUGAUUUAAUAAAAGUAAGGGGUAUGGAUAUAGUUAGGCUGAGUACCAUUAAGCAACAUUUAAGCCUAGAACUUAGGAAAAGUGAAAGUGUUCAACAUUUGACCAAUGGACAUGUAAACGGCUGGAGAGAUCCAUCCCUAAAUGAAUCAGUUCUGAGUAGUGAACCAAAAACACCAAAAAGUCCCCAUAGAAAGAGUUUAUCUAUGCCCAGUAAGAUUGCUAUAAGCUUGCCGAACGGCUUUGCAACGGCCCCAGUGAAUGAUAUUUUGGAUUUGCUGUCCGCAUACUCUCAUAGACCUAUUGUUGAGGAAGUAUUCACGCACGAAAGAGAUGGAGUAAGGUGUUGCCGUCUCGCAUCAUGGAAUCUUCAUCAACUUGGUGUAGAAAAAAUUACCAAUCCUGGAGUAAGGGAGGUGAUAUGCAGGACUAUUUUGGAAUACAAGUUGUCAGUAAUAGCCAUACAAGAUGUGUUUGAAGAGAGAGCUCUGAAGACGAUCUGUGAUGAACUCAAUUCCCCCGCCCUCAGGAGGGUGAGGGAAUGGAGGUGUAAUAGUCACACUUGGCAGUACUGUUGCUCAAAAAAUAUUAAGGGGAAGAACUUAGGCUUUAUAUACGAACGUUCGAACAAGCAUAUCAUAGUCGAGGAGGUGGGACUCGAUCAAGUACACCUGCUCACCGAGGAAAAUGUGCGGCGAAUGGUCGAAGAGCUGACGGCGUUUCGAAGCGAGCAGUUAGUCAUCUCUCCUCAAGCGUUUCUAAUAUGCGACCGACCGGUUGUAAUAGUCAACGUGCAAUGUAAGGAUCGUUUGAGUGAAGAGGACGGAGUUAGGCUGAGUGAGAUAGCAGAUCUCGCCCUCGCUAGCAAGCUGCAGCUGGCCUUCUUCGGUGAAUUCGUGAGAUGGGAUAAUUUGAGAUCGUUACAAAACUGCGAAUCGCUACUGGACCAAGCAAUCGUCACUUCUGUGGAUGCUACGCAGACGGGCCAGAGUGUUAUACUUUGUCCUGGGACCAUAGAAAAAAGCUGCUUUAACGGCCAUUCAGGUGUAAUCAGGUGUGGAUUAUGUCAUCUGGCUAUACCGCGAGGUUGGUCGUGGGGAGGGCCUGCGUCGCCAUUUUGUCCCAUCUGGGUCGAACUAAAAGUGCCCGAUUGACAAAAAAUAAUCGUUAAAGUUAGUAACGAUUCAUACAUUUACUGUGCGACGACAGCACAUCUAUUGUUGUUACAAUUCUUUUUAUUCCAUUUGCUAUUUUAGGGCGGCCAUGUUUACCAAAUGUCACUUUUGCCGCCAAUUUAUUUUAUUCUUUUUUUCUGACCCGAUCUUAAGUUAUUCGCAGUAAGCAAAGAUUAAUGAAAAAUAUAUUUUUAAUAAUCAAUGCCAUGUUUACAAUUCUUAAAAAAAUAAUCGUAUUAUUGUAAGAAGAUUCUGUAUAUUUUCUGUACAUUUUAGUUAUUUAUGUAUUAUAACAGUUAUUUUUAUUGAUAAAAAAGAGAUGUAUUUCUGUAUAUACAUGUAUUUUUUAAAAUGUAACUGUAACCGAAACGUGUUUUAUUAUAAUAUUGUUUUUUUAUUUUUUAAAUUUUAUUUAGUGAGAUGUACUUGCGUCCUUUUAGCCUAAAUUAUUCAUAAAAAUCAUAAUUAUGUUAAAAUAUUGUACAUUUAUCGGGAUUUAAGCUUAAUACCGUAUUACAUUACAAUUUUUAAAAUAGAUUUCUCAAUGUCACGUUUUCUGAACUUUUCGAAACUUAUGAAAAGUUGCCAAAUGAUAUUAUGAAUUUUUAAUGUGUCAAGAGAAUUAAAUAAUAGACAUUUAUAGAGUUUUGAAAUCGAUUUGACGUUUAAGCUUAGCAUUUUGUAGGACUUCGUUAUAAAUCGUUUUAAAAUAAAAUGCUAAAAUGAAACAGCGUACCUGAUAUGCUUUGCUUUUUAGGACGUGAAUACGUUAUCCGAUACGAUAAUUUUAUCGGACAAUGAAUCGAUAUCGAGAAUCACGAAAGUUAAUUUCAACGUUAAAUUUACCGGCAACAAUUUUAUAUGUAACGUUUGAGUGCAAUAUUCCGAUAAAAGGUUUCGCUUGUGACAUAUGUACAGAGUUACACGAGAAAUUUUUUUUAUUAUAAGCAACGGUAUUAUAACUUGCAAAUUAUGGGCUCCAAUAAGAUUCUCUAACUUGAAACGUAUCUCGAUGUUUUGUCGAUUAUCGUAUCGAAUGGCGUAGCAACGUUCUUAGGACGUUAGGAAUAAUGAAAUUUAUAAAAUA